GCCACCAUUGCCCGACUAGUUCUUAAUAUGCCAUCAACUUCACAUUUCAUUUGUUAGCAUAUUGUUUGCAAGGUCCUAUCUUGAGUGAGGGGCCAACAUAGCGUUUCUUACAAAACAUUUAGAUCUUGCUUUGUUUCCAUUAAUAUAUAUGUAAUGGUUAAUUUUUUUUCUUUUCUUUUUCUUUUCUUUUCUUUUCUUUUCUUUUCUUUUCUUUUCUUUUCUUUCCUUUCCUUUCCUUUCCUUUCCUUUCCUUUCCUUUUUCUUUCCUUUCCUUUUCUUUUCUUUUCUUUUCUUUUUUUUUAAGACGUGGCUUUACCAUGUAGCCCUGGCUUGCUAGAACAUCAGAUUCUCAUCUGUGGUUGCCUCCUGAGUUGGUAGGUUUAGAGUAAUGGUUAAAAUUUUGAGAUAUUAUUGCUCCCACUUAGUCAAGGUGUUAACUGCUUUGUAUGUUGAUGAUUUGAAGCAGAAGCAAAAGGAUAGGUGCAAGUUCUGGGCUAGCCAUCCUCUGCAGUAAGACCUUGUUUUUUAUUGCCAGGAAUGGUGGUGGUACAGAGGCAGGACCUUUAAUUUCCCACUAGGAAGGCUGAGGCAGUCAAAUAGAUCCCUGAAUUUGUUGAAGCCUCCCUGUCCUGCAAAACCAAGUUCCAGGACAGCCAGGGCUACACAGAGAAACCAAUCCUAUCUUGAAAAACAAGACCCCUACCCAUCACCCCCUUUUAAAAGUAUAUUUCCAGAAAUCUCAUUUUCAAGUUUUUUCUAGGAAGACCAUUGUUCUUGGUAUUUACUCAAAUUUAAGUCAAAAUUGAGUGGCGAUAGAGGAGUAGCUUGCAUGUAACCUCAACAUACAGGACACCAUAGUAAAUCCAGAAUCCAGAGUACUUUGAUAGAAUAAAAAAAUUCAGGUACUGGAAAUGGAAAGAUAGCAUAGCCCCUGAAGAACAUUUGUUUCUCUUAUCCAGAACCUGGGUUUGAUUUUUUUUUUUCUUCUUUUUCCAAUGUCCAAAUGAUAUUUUCUAACUCCUCUUUUGAAGGAGAUUGGCUGAGCUCUGCAGGCAUUAAGUAGCAUUUGCAGUGCAUAUACAUAUCUACAGGUAAAAUAUUCAGACUUUAUGAAAUAAUAGGGGGCUGGAGAGAUGGCAUAGGUUAAGAAUAACCUGGUUCAAUUCCUAGCACCCAUAUGGUGACUAACAACCAUAUGUAGGAAUGUAUUGGUAGGAGUCACGCAUGUGUACUUGAAUACAAAGUAUGGGUGCAUACAAGAUACAUGUGAAAUUAUAAAAUCUUAAAAAUAAAAAGGAAAUGUUUAAAUAUUAAGAAGUUUUGAUUCCAUAGUACGGCAUCUUUAAGUGCUGUUUUGUAAUUUCUCCUUAAAAUAUUAAUGGUGGUGUUAGGCAUUUGUUCCCUGAAACUGCCUACAUUCAAAGUAUGGUAAUUGUCCCUGCUAGAGCCACUCUUACACUCAAGUUUCUUAGCUCCAUUCUCCUCUUACAUCUGUAAUUCUCCAUCCUAGAAGCAGUGUAUUGUGGCUUUUAGAGUUUACAGUAGCCCCCCCCCCCUUUUUUUUUUAAAUAAAGCUCCUGUAGAAAGUUACAGGAGACCUGGUAAAGUGUUCUGUGGUCUCCUGAGGAAUCACCCAUCCUUUUCUGAUAUGGUAUGGAGGUCUGUUCAGAGACCCCUGAACCUAUUUAGUUCUAGCCCGUGACUGACUAUUAUGGAAAAGAGUUAGAGGGCAACGGGGCUCAUGAUCUGUGUUUGUCCUACCGUUUUAGUUGUAGUUUCUUUAUAGCAGUUUACACAACACAUGCAUUUCUCCGCUGCUAUGGGGGGGAGAGGUACCAGCCAAUCUAAAUAGAAUUUUCAAGUCAAUUGACAGAAGGUCUACUGACAAUACUUUAAUCAUAAACAUAAGUGAGCUUCAUAGUUUGACUACAUUUGUCUUAUUUUCCAUUGUUACUAUAGAUUUCUUAGUUCUUAAGACAUAUAUGAAGGUAGCAAGCAAUAGACCAGUUGGUGGUGUGUGUGUAUUUGGGAUGGAGGCUGGAGGAUAAGGACUUCUUACAAGGUAUUAGCUACAUAACCAAUUUGAGGGAUAGCUUAUGAGACAUGAUCUCAGAAGAAAUUCAGUUUGUAGUUUCAGUGUAAUGAAUGUGUUCUACUUUUUCGUAAUUUGUCCAUUUGGUUACAUUCAUUCAUUCAUUUCUUUAUUUAUUUUAUUUCGAGACAUGGUUUCUCUGUAUAGCCCUGGCUGUUCUGGAACUCACUCUGUAGACCAGGCUGGCCUCGAACUCAGAGAUCUGUCUGCCUCUGCCUCCCAAGUGCUGUGAUUAAAGGCGUGCGCCACCACGCCCGGCAUUUGGUUACUUUUAAUGUAAGCCUAAAAGAUAUGGAUCUAUGUCAGUAUUAAGAAUUUUUUUUUAUAGUAGCGUAGGCUUUGUGAAAUGAACAUAAAGGGAAAUAGAUAUAGUAAGUUAAUUUAAAAAGUCUUCGUAGUUAGAAGAUGGAAAACAGUGUCUUCGUUUUUUUUUGUAGCCCGUGACUUACCUUUGGUAAAUACAAACAGUGCUGGAGUAACACUUAAUUGUUUGUUAGCUUCUUGGCCUUUAUUUACUAUAUUUUAGAGUAGUGUGUUGGACUUGAAAUGUAGUACCCAUUGGGUCAGACUUCUUAGUUUAGACCCAUUUCUGAGAAACUAAGUGCAGUAUGUAUAUAUUGGUACAUGUCUUAAUUUCUAGGUGAGAUCAUGACAGGAAGAAAUGAUUGACUUCCUGAAUUGAACUAAGUAUAGCUAGUAUAGGACUGAGUUUUCUCAGUGAUUUGAGUGCUUGCCUAACAUGCACAAGACCUUGGCUAUGAUCCCACUCCAUUCCCAAGCACCAGAAAAUACAGCUAAAAAGAUGGAUCUGCUAUGGUUGCAUACCUGUAGUCCCUCCCAUCAUUUGGGAGGCGGAGACAGCCAGGACACAACUUACAGGCAAGCCUAGACUCUUCAAGGUCUAGUCUCAACAAAAAGGUACCUGUAAAGUUUGAGGUGAACCUGGCUACAUAUUAUCCCUUUUUCCUAACCCCUUUUAAAAUCUGUCUGCCUUCCUAGUGCUGGGAUUAAAAAACAGCAUGCCUCCAUACCAUCUUUUCAAAAAAGAUUUAACCCGGUUUCAGCCCAGGCUGACUUGACUGUGUCCCUCACCUUUGUGGUGGUGGAUGACCUGGAUCUCCUGAUCCCAGUACUUUGGAAGUGUUAGAUUUACAGGUGUGAGCUAGUGCCUGCAUUUUGUAAGUAUGCAGUAUUUUUAGUGAGACACAUAUAUGUGUACAAUUUAUGCAAAUAACUGUGAUGUGUGUGUGUGUGUGUGCACGCGCGCACACACAUCCCCCCCCCCCAAAUCUUGUAGCUCAGGCUGGUUUUGAACCUAUUGUAUGUAGUCUAGGCUGGCCUUGACAUCUCCUGAGUUAGCCUUGUGAAAUGAUAUGAUCUGUACCACUAGGGAGGUAGUGGUAGAGAAUCAAGAGUUUUAAGGCUAGCCUGUGCUACAAAACCAAACAAAACAUUGAUUUUAGAAUACAAAGUACCAUAUUAAGACUUCAUAGGUGCGCUCACCUCUGAAGCUGACUUAAACUCACUUUUCUGUCAGUGUAUAUCUUUUUUCUCUCUUACGGUAAGAAACUGAACACUAGUGAUACAUGCUAAGUCACAAACCAGUUAAUUGAAGAAGGUAUUACAUUCAACUACCUAAGUGCCACACAUAUUUAGGUAAGUAAUACAAUACACCAAGAUUUUUUUCCUAAGACCUAAGUAGUAGUACUCUUGGUAGAAACAACCUAGAUUUCUCUUUCUCAGCCAUGGGGUCCUCACAGAGGGCCUUAAACAUGUAAAAAUUAUGUCUGUGCUGUCCUACAAGGCUCAAAUUUUCAUUUAGUACUGUUUCACUUCAUAAUAUGAAUUAUUUAUCUACUUUUGAUGACGGGAUUUAGAAUCUUAAGAUUAGGUGAUUUUUUAUUAGGUGUGGUCUCCUGUAACCCCUGUCUGGCCUGGAAUUCAGUAUUCCAGGGGAUGAUCUUAAACUGCUUAUUGAGAACAGAUAGCAUCUUGCUUUGUAGCUUUGGCUAUGUUGACCAGGCUGGGCACUGCCUCUUGAUUGUUGGCCACCCCUCAACCCUUAUUCAUUUUUUCCCUCUAUGUGAGGAUAGCUUUGUAAAAGUCAGUUCUCUUCACCAUGUUUGCUUCAAGAAGUGGUCAGGCUUUGCCACAGUCACCUUUACCACUAGGUGUGAGUUUCUGAGCUUUCUGUCUUCAAGUGCUUUGGCACAUACAAACACUUGAACUCCUCAGUCACCAUACUAGGUUUAUUUGGUGGUAGGGAUAGAACCUAGGGUUUGAGUUAGGCCUACUUGAACUAACAUACUCAAAUUUGAGUUUUUAUAAGCAAGACUUUGGGGAUUGGUAGCAUUUUUAUAAUGGACUAUUUCAAACAAAGGAAAAAAAUGAAAUGAACUGCCAUUUAGCUCCAACAGAUUUUCAGUGAUGGACAUUUUCCUAUACACUGCAGAUAGAUAAUUUCUAGAUAAAUCUUAAGUCUUACUACCUCACAACUGUUUCUAGGAUUUGUCUGUUGAAAACCAACUUCUUUUUUUUUUUUUUAAGAUUAAUUUAUUUAUUAUAUGUAAGUACACUGUAGCUGUCUUCAGACAAUCCAGAAGAGGGAGUCAGAUCUUUUUAUGGAUGGUUGUGAACCACCAUGUGGUUGCUGGGAUUUGAACUCCAAACCUUCGGAAGAGCAGUCGGGUGCUCUUACCCACUGAGCCAUUUCACCAGCCCCACCAACUUCUUAUUAAUACCUUCCUGUAACAAUAUAUGAAAUGAACCCACAGAAGCCAGAAUUAGCUGCCUGACCUGUGUACAGGAGCCAAAUUCUACCUAGCUUUCUGGAAAAACAGGAAGGUGUGCAUAUGGUUUUCUUUGAAUCCCUCUUUCAUUCUUUUAAAAUUCUUUUUUCCUCAGCUCCCCAAAUGUUGAGAUAAUAGGUAUCUGCAGUGCUACCAUUCAGCUCCAAUUCCUUUAUUUUGGAACAUCCACAGAUUGUACAAAUAGAAAUUUGUGGUCAGUGUUCAUUUGUGUCAAGAGCAUAGGAGGAAGUAGCUGAGCUGGUCUGGAGUCUAUGUACAGCAUUCCAUUCAAGAGGCUGGAGCAGGAAGAUUGCAAAAGCUUUUUGGAAAAAGCAAAAUUGGGAGUUCAAUUUUAGCUUAAAAGUUCCAUAUUGAGUUGGAGCUCAGUAUAUGGAGCUCAAUCACCUCUACAUAGUCUCAAAAAAUAAUCAAACAUGGGCCAUACAUUUCAGGUUUUGCUUCAUUUUGUUUUCUUUUUCAAGUCUCUUGAUGGUUAAGUCCUACCUUGACUUUACUGGAAAGAUUAGGUCAUUUCUCAUUUUAUCUUGUCUCUUUAGUUCUAAACAUUUCUACACAACUUUACCAUGAAAGGUUAUUUAAGAUUAUUUUUUUUAAGCCUAAGCAUUUGCAGCUAUCACCAGCUUUAGUUUCAGGUUUCUCUCCUCCAGUUUUUGCAGAAAAUAAACUUUAGUAACAUUUUAAAGUAGUUAUGUAUAAGAGUGCUUGCAGUGUUUUCACUACAAGUGUGCUUAGGUCAGAGGACAACUUUAGCCCCUUCUCCUGUGGGUCUUUUGGGGGUUGGUACCCUCAGGUGUCAAGCUGGGUGCCUACCCAGCUAAUGCCUUUCUUUCUGCAUCUUUCUGGGUCCUUAAAACAUAGGCCUUUGAAAUAAUCUAAUCAGUUCUCAAUCUAAUUGCUUUGAAUUAAAAUACAUUUUGUGAUUGCCUCUUGGGUACAGACUUUAUAAGGUUCAUUUUUAUACAUGUGGGCCAAUUACAUUCAAAAGUCAAGCCCCCCUUCCACUAUGUGGUCACUGGGGAACCAAACUUAGGUUGUCAGCUUCUAGAAGUCAAGGGCUUUGGGGGAACUCAAGAGGAAGCCUAGGCAGGCCUCUGCCCCCGGAAUGCUGGAAUUAAAGGUGUGCACCACCACACCCGAUAUUAAUAUAUGUAAAAAAAUGAGACAAGGCCGGAAUUAACUCGUACACACUAUAUACACUGGUAUCGGCUUUAGAUCCUCCUGCGUUAAGCCCCCUGAGCGAUUAAGUGCGGCCACCACGUCUGGCGGAAGUUUUUAGUUUUUUAAAGUUUAUGUUUCAACAUGGAAAAUAUCCUCGAGCCCAUGGUCAAAAGAAAAAAAGCAAGUAUUGGGUGUCGGCAGGUCUUUAUCCUGUAGCAUCCCAGUGCUAGGUGAUUCGGUUUUACUUUGCUGCGUCUUCAACGCCUCAUUGCGCUCCCCUUUCCAACUGUAGCUGUAGUCUGGACUUUGCUCAGGUGGCUGGCUCCUUUACCCAGAACUCGGCGAGAAGUCUUCCCCUUUCCUUCCCCCACUUCCGGCGCCGGCCAAACCCACUGUUCGCGGGCCACACCUGCAGGCACGCUUUUCUCAUUGGUGACAUAUUGGCGGGCCCGGCAGGGCACUUCCUUCUCUGCACCCCGUGACCCCAGUCCGACUGCCGCUGUAGAUCACGCGGCUGCAGCUUCCCGGACUCCGGACCCGAACGCCCUUUUCGGCGUGGUUGAGAACAAAAAGAUGCACCUGGACUUUCCCCGGAGCCCUCUGCGUUUUUAAGGCGUCGGGUGGAGUUUGAGUUCGUAAGCCGCGUUCCUUACUGAAUAUAGAAGUCACUUCUACCUUCCUCCCCUGGAAAACUUGUUACCUUCCAUUAAGUGUUUCCUACAGAAGGCAUCUGUGGUGGUUCUUUAAGCUACAAAAAAUUGCCCAAGCUUGUGUGACAUCAGCCCUGUCAAGUGUCCAUGAUGCUGGGCCCUGAGGGAGGUGAAGGCUAUGUGGUCAAACUCCGUGGCCUACCCUGGUCCUGCUCAAUUGAGGACGUACAAAACUUCCUCUCCGACUGCACAAUUCAUGAUGGGGUCGCAGGUGUUCAUUUCAUUUAUACUAGAGAAGGCAGGCAGAGUGGUGAGGCUUUUGUUGAACUUGAGUCAGAAGAUGAUGUAAAAUUGGCUCUGAAAAAAGACAGGGAAAGCAUGGGACACCGGUAUAUUGAGGUGUUCAAGUCACACAGAACCGAGAUGGAUUGGGUGUUGAAGCACAGUGGUCCAAACAGCGCCGACAGUGCCAAUGAUGGCUUUGUGAGGCUUCGGGGACUCCCAUUUGGAUGCACAAAGGAAGAAAUCGUUCAGUUCUUCUCAGGGUUGGAAAUUGUGCCAAACGGGAUCACACUACCUGUGGACCCGGAAGGCAAGAUUACAGGGGAGGCCUUCGUUCAGUUUGCCUCACAAGAGUUAGCUGAGAAAGCUUUAGGGAAGCACAAGGAGAGAAUAGGGCACAGGUAUAUUGAAGUGUUUAAGAGCAGUCAGGAGGAAGUUAGAUCAUACUCAGAUCCACCUCUGAAGUUUAUGUCUGUGCAAAGGCCUGGGCCUUAUGACAGGCCUGGCACAGCCCGGAGGUACAUUGGCAUUGUGAAACAGGCAGGUCUGGAUAGGAUGAGGUCUGGUGCCUAUAGUGCAGGCUAUGGGGGCUAUGAAGAAUACAGUGGCCUCAGUGAUGGCUAUGGCUUCACCACUGACCUGUUUGGGAGAGACCUCAGCUAUUGUCUCUCAGGAAUGUAUGACCACAGAUAUGGAGACAGCGAGUUCACAGUGCAGAGCACCACCGGCCACUGCGUCCACAUGAGAGGGCUGCCCUACAAAGCAACGGAGAACGACAUUUACAACUUCUUCUCUCCACUCAACCCUGUGAGAGUUCAUAUUGAGAUUGGUCCUGAUGGAAGAGUGACGGGAGAAGCUGAUGUUGAGUUUGCUACUCAUGAAGAAGCAGUGGCAGCUAUGUCCAAGGACAGGGCCAACAUGCAGCACAGAUACAUAGAACUCUUCCUGAAUUCAACAACAGGGGCUAGCAAUGGGGCUUAUAGCAGCCAGGUGAUGCAGGGCAUGGGCGUGUCAGCUGCCCAGGCAACUUACAGUGGCCUGGAGAGCCAGUCAGUGAGUGGCUGUUACGGGGCCGGCUACAGCGGUCAGAACAGCAUGGGCGGAUAUGAUUAGUAUUGUAGGAACAUUUGAGUUAUUUCAAUCAGAAAAUUUCACAGGCAGCCAAUAAGCAGUCAAGAGCAGUUUAUAACUCUAGAGGAAGCUGGGGGACCCACUUUGCACCAUGAGUUUGUGAAAUCUGGAUUAAAAAAUUACCUCUUCAGUGUUUCUCAUGCAAACUUUUCUUCUAGCAUGUAAUAUUGAGUAAACUAAAACUAUUUUCUUCCGCUUUUCUCAAUUAACAUUUUUGGUAGUAUACUUAAGAGUGAUGUUAUCUGAGUUAAGUAGUUUAAGUAUGUUGAGUGGAUCUUUAAGCACACCACAGUGAACACACUGGGGAUAUGUACUUUUCUGGAGAACCCAAAGGUGCUAGAUCCCUGAUGCAAAAGAGAAGCAUUUCUCAUGUUCAUUCUAGUUAUAUUUUCAUUUAAAAUCUUUAGGUUAAGUUUAAGCUUUUUAAAAGUUAGUUUUGAGAAUUGAGACACAAUACUAAUACUGUAGGAAUUGGUGAGGCCUUGACUUAAAGCUUUCUUUGUACUGUGAUUUCCUUUUGGGUGUAUUUUGCUAAGUGAAACUUGUUAAAUUUUUUGUUAACUAAAUUUUUUUCUUAAAAUAAAGACUUUUUCACAAUGA